UUGUACCGCCGAAAACCUGAUGACUUCUUCAAUGUCAGAUCUAAAGUCAUUGUUACUUUCAAGCAGAUCGCGUCAAUAUGCCCAGUUUUAAGGAUAAAGUUAUCAUCGUGACUGGCGCCAGCUCCGGAAUCGGAGCAGGUACCGCAGUCCUCUUAGCCAAACUUGGAGGACUCCUCACUAUUGUGGGCAGGAAUGUGGAUAAGCUCAAGGAGACCGCCGAUCAGAUAGAGUCAGCUGGUGGAAAACCUGCUCUCCAGGUGGCAGCGGACAUGAACUGCGAGUCGGAUGUCCAGGGUAUCGUAUCCGCCACGUUGGCCAAGCACGGUCGCAUCGACGUGCUAGUUAACAAUGCCGGAAUUCUGGAGCUGGGCUCCAUCGAGAACACCAGUCUGGAGCAGUUCGACCGCCUGAUGAAUACCAAUGUGCGGGCGGUCUACCAACUAACUAUGCUGGUAACGCCUGAAUUGGUCAAGACCAAGGGAAAUAUUGUCAACGUUUCCAGUGUCAACGGCAUCCGCUCUUUUCCCGGUGUCUUGGCGUACAACGUCUCCAAGGCGGCUGUGGAUCAGUUCACCAGGUGUGUAGCUCUGGAACUAGCCCCCAAGGGUGUCCGUGUGAACUCCGUCAAUCCCGGCGUGAUCAUCACCGAGCUGCAGCGACGCGGUGGACUGAACGAGGAGGCAUACUCCAAGUUCCUGGAGCACGCCAAGAACACCCACGCUCUGGGUCGUCCCGGAGAAGUAAAGGAGGUGGCUGCCGCCAUUGCCUUCCUGGCCAGCGAUGAGGCCAGCUUCAGCACCGGAAUCAGCCUGCCCGUGGACGGAGGUCGUCAUGCCAUGUGCCCCAGAUGAGAAUCUAGAGGGCCUUCGAUAUUUGUUGUUAAUUUCUGUAAAGUUACUAACUUGAACCCAUUUAUUGCCUUUAUAUUUGGAAUAUCCAGUAUUUAAAGACUAAUAAAGAAGAAAAUACAAUAUUUAAAGUAAUUAUGAACAUGCACAUAUGAAACAUGAGGCUGCCAAACCGGUUGCGUUAAUAAUAAAUAAUGAAUUCCGAAA